CUUAGCUUCGCACCGGAAGCGGAAAGCGCACCGUUGUUGUUUUCUUCUCGUCUCCUCUCGCUCCACCAGGCGGGUUUCGGGAGUUUUUAAACCCAAAUGGAGCACAAACUGAUCCUGGCGGUCUCCGGCUUCCCGAGUCUCUACGACACAAACUCUCCGACCUACAGGGACCUGAACAUGAGAGCCGAGUCGUGGAGACAAGUCUCAGAGAUCGUCGGUGUUCCCGAGUCUGAGUGCAGAAGGAAGUGGAAGACGCUGAGGGACCAGCACCGGAGGGAACGCCAGCGGGAGAAAGAGAGGCGCGAGAGCGGCAUCGGGCUCUUUAAUUACCGGCCGUGGAGGUACUCGGCCAUCCUGUCGUUUUUGAACCCGUUUAUCGACGCCAGGGCGGCCGGCACCAAUGGCUGGGCGCUGGACCCGCAGCCCUCCCACCUCCACGCGGCCGAGAUGGGCUGCAGCACGACCACAGACACACGCAGCGACGACGAUGACUACGACAUCUUUGUAGCAGAUGCUACAACGACGACGUCCUCGUCCUCCUCGGAGUUCGCGCAGAGGAAGCGGCCUUUCUCCGCCCACAGAGACGGCGUCCGAUUCAAAGCGGCGAAGACGGAGCUGGGCUCGGAUACGGCGGAGGCGGCGCCCGACGCCAGAGACUAUUGCGGCGUCCAAACGCAGGCGCACGACAACAUGAAGGAGCUGUUUGAGAUGAUGAUGCAGUCCGUCACGUCUCUGGCCGCGUCCCUGGCUUCUUCGCAGCCUUCGUCCUCACAGCCGGCGGAGCAGACGCCGCUGCUGCCGCAUGUGAAAACGGAAGAGCCGGGCGCCGAGGUGGUGGAGCUGUCGGACGAAUCGGACGGCGAGGCGGAGUGUGAAGCCGCGUCCCCCAGACACAGCCAGUCUGCCCGGCCGGCCCGGGCCCGGAGGAAGAGCGGAGUGGACGGUCUGCUGGAGGAGUUCCUGCAGAGGACAGAAGCCCGCGAGGCUCAGCGCGAGCUGGACCCGAGAGACGACGUCACACUGUUCCUGCUGAGCCUGGCUCCGGCCAUGAGGAGGCUUCCCGCACAGAAACAGUCCUGGGUCCGGACCAAGAUGCAGCACUUUCUACACGAAGCAGAGUUUGGCGCUGCUAGUUUUCAGUGAUUCUCGGGCAACACAAUUGACAUUUU